AUGGAUGAGCAACUCCGGUUGAAAGUGUAUCGGGUGCUUGCUUAUUCUGCCGUUAGUGCGGCUUUUAUCGCUUUUUUAUCCGUCAGUAUUUCGCUGCCAAUCGUCUACAACUAUAUUGAACAUGUGAAACGAUCAACGAAGCACGAAGUCUUUUUUUGCAAGCGAUCUGCCAAGGAUAUCCUCGAUGAAAUAAAUCACAUUAGAAUGGUGCCUGUCAACCGUACGAUUCGCCAGUCUGGCUAUGGGCCGUAUGAUGCAGGGGUUGACUCGGAUUAUGGCGGCGCGGGCAUUUGCGAAUCUUGCUGCCUCCCUGGACCGCCAGGUCCUGAGGGGCCUCCUGGAAAACCGGGACGUCCAGGAAGUCCAGGAGAAAUCGGAGAGCCAGGUGAGCGCGGAGCCGACGGCGCACAGGGCCCACCAGGACCGAAAGGGCCACCGGGGGUCAUUGGAGCACCUGGAGCACCUGGAAAGCCAGGUCCGCCUGGCGAGGAUGCAAUAACGGAAGGUAUUGUCCCAGGACAGCAAGGACCGCCUGGUCCACCUGGUCCUCCAGGACCGCCAGGAGCAGAUGGCUUGCCGGGAGCACAAGGCCCACCGGGACCACCCGGGCCAAAAGGACCACCAGGUCCUCGGGGUGAACCUGGAGAGCCUGGGCUGGACGGACAACCUGGAAAGCCUGGAGCACCUGGAAAAUCAGGAGAGACGGGAAUCUGCCCUAAGUAUUGCGCCAUUGAUGGAGGAGUGUUCUUCGAAGAUGGCACUCGUCGAUAG